CCUCACAAUCUCGUCGUCGUUCCCCAAACUCACAAAACCCUAACCCCCUCCUCUUCGACACCUCCGUGAUCCUCCGAGAGAGAUCAAUGGCUCGCUUCAAGCACAACGCGAGGAGGAAUAAGAAGUGGGGGAGCGCGAAGCCCCCGGUGUUGAAGAAGCAGCCGCCGAGCGUGGAUCACGUCACCGGGAGUAAGAUCCCGAAGAGCUUCGUCUUCGCGAGGGGGAAGCUCCCGGGCCCGCUCAAGCAGUUGGAAUUGGAUCUUCGCAAGAUGAUGCUUCCGUACACCGCUCUCAAAUUGAAGGAGAAGAAACGGAAUACUCUCAAGGACUUUCUGAAUGUCGCAGGGCCUAUGGGUGUAACUCAUUUUCUAAUUUUGUCAAAUCCAAAGAGUGUUCCCCAUUUGCGUGUCGCAAGGACACCUCAAGGCCCAACCCUUACCUUUGAAAUACAUGAAUAUGCAUUGGCAGCAGACAUUGCUCGAUCCCAGUCACGCCCAAGGUGUCCUCAAGAUCUUUUCAAAAACUCGCCCUUGAUCGUACUUUCUGGCUUUGGAGCUGGAGGUCAACAUUUGAAACAUUUGGAGCUAAUGACAAUUAUGUUCCAGAAUAUAUUUCCUACAAUCGAUAUAAACACUGUGAAGCUUGCUUCUUGUCAAAGGAUUGUACUGUUAAAUUACAACUCCGAAGAGAAACUUAUUGAUUUUAGGCAUUACUCAGUCAGGUUGCAGCCGGUAGGUGUCUCGCGUAGAAUUAGGAAACUUGUGCAGAAUCAUCAAGUGCCAGAUUUGAGGAACCUUCAAGAUGUUAGCGACUUUGUCACCAAGGCUGGUUAUGGAUCGGAAAGUGAACCAGAUGAAGAAGCAGCAACUGUAAGUCUGGCGAGUGAUUUGGAUAGAGUCAACCGAGCAUCGACAAAGAGUGCUGUCAGACUUCAGGAGAUUGGACCUAGGAUGAGUCUCCGUUUAGUCAAGAUCGAAGAAGGGUUAUGCUCUGGAGGUGUCAUAUUCACUGAAUUUGGAAAAGGUGAUGGCGAAGCUAAUACAGCAGAGGGGGAAGAAGAUUAGUCUUCUAGCCAGCUCUCUCUGUAGAUCAACUGCAAAAAAAGGAACCCAGAAGCCAAACCGAAGUAUCGAUUGAAGAAACGAUAUGUUCCAUUUCUCGGGGUUAAUUUGCAGGGCUAAUGGAAGAAGUUUUGUAAGCAGGGUUCGCGAUUUCUUCAAAAUAGAUUUCCUCCCUUUACCAAGAAACAGGAAGAGAGAACCUCUCUCAUGAUUCGCCAAUGCUUUUGCGAGUGAAUUUUGUAGUAUUAAUAUGAACAUUUUAUAAUGUUUGUAUACUGCGCUGGUAAUUUAGUUGUAAUUGGUGAUCCGUAUUGGUUUACGACGAUAUAAAUGCCAAAUGGAGAAAGUGGAUAAUCAAAUAAUUUGUUUGUUCUUGAUGCUAUACAAGUGACUAAUCGUUUUUUUUUUU